AUGGGCAACGCCGCACCAACGGGGGAAGCGGGCUUCCGCGUGCUGCGGAUACAGCCUGGGACCCCCGCGGAGACAGCAGACUUCGAGCUCUUCUUCGAUUUCAUCAUACAAAUAGAAAAUGAAUCCCUGUGUAGUCCAGACGUUUCUGUGCAAUCGGUGCUGAAGCGCAUCGACGCCGCGGAGGGACGGCCCAUGAGGCUAACCGUUUACAACGCACGUCACAGGAUGAAUCGCGAGGUCUACGUGCAACCGGCUCGUGCGGCUUCGUCCCUGGUUUUGCUAGGCGUUUCUCUGCAGUAUUGUCCUUUCGAAGAGGCGCUGUCAUCGCCUCUUCGAGUUUUAGGAGUUCUCGAUGCCUCUCCAGCUCAAAAGGCCAAUCUGCAGGAAGGAUCGGACUACAUCCUGGGUGACGAAAAGGGAGCCUACCGUGGCGUUUCAGAUCUCAUAAUGGCUGCAGAGGAGCACAUGGGGUCUUCUUUGACUCUCUUUGUGUUCAACAAGGACACAGAGAGAGUCCGGCGCUUAGUCCUGCAACCCUGCGAUAACUGGGGGGGAGAAGGAUGCCUCGGCUGUGAUGUGGGAUCUGGCUUUCUGCAUCGAGUUCCCUUCUCGAGAGCAGCAAAGGACGAUGCAGAUGUACGGACAGCAGCAGCGGUGGCAGCAGCGGCAGUGCCGAGCACAUCAGCGCCUCCCCAGACACGCGAAGUCCCCACACACCUCCUGCAGGAAAUGCAGCCGCCUCAGCACCAGCAGCUUCAACACCAGCAGCUUCAACAGCAGCAGCAGCAGCAACAGCAACAGCUCCAGACGGCGGUACGUCCGUGUGUGUUGGUUGACGGAGAUUGUUUCCGCGUUUUCUGUAUGCAUGAACGUAGCUGCUGGAUAGUUGCUGCGGUUGUUGCUUGUUUGCGUGUUGCCACGCUCAAAGUGUGGAUCGUGCCUUCAUCUUCGUGUUUUUAUACACGUCGUCGUAUGCCAGCCACCUUUGCUUUCCCGCAGGGCACUUCAACAGCAGCAGCGGCAGUAGCGGCAGGUUUGCGCAUGAGCCCCCCGCUGGAUGUUCCAGACCCCACUACAGACGUGCUGGCGUCUUGUUUGCUCCUUCCCACCACCAAUUCUCCUCUAAGGGAUCCCACCUUUGCAGGCGCCACCUGGGGUGCUCCUCUUGUUAAGGGGGCAAAUGUAUCACCCAACGGCCAAUCGUUCUUCGCUAUGGGACCGCUCAGUCUGUUGGCUGUGAUUGCUGCAGCAGAGGCAGCUGGUGCUACGUUUGCUCUGGACGGAUUUGGCACUUCUGCCGGCGAUGACAUCAAAGAGGUGCCCGAGCAGCAGCAGCAGCAGGACUGUGCCGUAGAGCAUUUGCUGCAGCAGCGGAAUGCUGCAUUCGCGAGCAACGCUAAAAGUGCCUAUUUGGCGUACGACUUGCCAUAUGCAGCGGCGAUGAUGAGUCACUCCGAGGCUGUGAUAGAAGGCAAGCCUCAACCCAGCACAGUGCUCAGGCCCACUGCUGCAGCUUAUGAUUGGCUUGUCUCAGUAGUGUCGCUGACCUACUCACGUGCUGUGGAGCCAUUAUACCUAGCUGCACUCCGCUUGUUUGCUUCCAGAAUUAUAGGAGCUGUCUCGGCGCAUGAGGAGAUGUCUGAAAUGCAGCACUAG